CAGGCAGCACUGGACAAGGCAAGGGAAGGACGCACCACAGUUGUAGUAGCUCAUCGACUGUCAACAGUCCGAAAUGCAGAUCUUAUAGCUGUGUUCGAAGGUGGAGUUAUCACAGAACAAGGGAAUCAUUUUAAAUUGCUUGAGAGAAAGGGAAUCUACUACAAACUCGUUAACAUGCAGGCAAUAGAAGCUGAAGUUCCAUCAUCACAACAAGAUGAGAAUGCACUUAGUGUCAAAAAAAGUGAAUCUGAACCAGAAUUUGAAGAAUCCUUAACAAAAGGAUUGAGAAGACGAUCAACUCAGAGAAGCAUGAAAAAGCCAGGAGCACAAAAUGAUGAUCCUGAUGAAAAAACUGGUUCACCUGAUGAAGAAUUACCUCCAGCUUCAUUUCUGAAAAUUAUGAAGUUGAACAAAACUGAAUGGCCAAACUUUGUAGUUGGAACUUUAUGUGCAAUUAUCAAUGGAGCUUUACAACCUGCAUUUGCAAUCAUAUUUUCAGAAAUUAUAGGGAUUUUUUCAGAAACUGACGAGACCAUUUUGAGAGAAAAGAGCAACUUAUAUUCAGUGCUGUUUUUAGUACUUGGGAUCAUUUCCUUUUUUACUUUCUUUUUUCAGGGUUUCACAUUUGGCAAAGCAGGAGAAAUUCUUACAAUGAGGCUUCGACUCAUGGCAUUUAAAGCAAUACUUAGACAGGACAUGGGCUGGUUUGAUAAUUCUAAAAAUAGCACUGGAGCAUUAACUACAAGACUUGCUAAUGAUGCCUCACAAGUGAAAGGAGCAACCGGUGUCAGACUGGCAUUAAUUGCCCAAAACAUAGCUAACCUGGGGACUGGAAUUAUUAUAUCAUUAAUUUAUGGCUGGCAGCUGACCUUGCUACUUUUAGCUGUUGUGCCAAUCGUUGCAGUGGCAGGAAUGAUUGAAAUGAAGAUGUUGGCUGGGCAUGCAAAAAAAGAUAAAGAAGAGCUGGAAGCUGCAGGAAAG